AUGGCUUUGAAGAUGAACUUUGUGUUGCAGAAAAGCGAUCUGAUGUUUAAGAAAGAGAGUAACAUUAAUGGCACCAAGAUGACCACUACUAUAUCAUGCAGGGUCAAAGAGCUGCCUAUAAGUAACAACAAGAAUCUGUACCAAGUUCUUUCAUUAGAAUCACAAAAUGUUAGUUUCCAUGACCUCAAGAAAGCAUAUCGUGCAAAAGCUCUUCAACUUCAUCCCGAUGUUUCUCCAUCUUCUAUAAAGGAGGAAUGCACAAAACAGUUUGUGGAGUUGCGAGAGGCGUAUGAGGUGCUUUCUGAUCCAAAUUCUCGAAGAAUGUAUGACUUGAGCUUGGUUGAAUCUAUGGGGUGUGGUCUUCAAGACCAUGCUUACAGUGGACAUGGAGUGCAGUAUUCAAGAAUGGUGUGGGAAAUGCAACUUAAAGGAUUAAAGCAUCGAUCGGACCAAAGAAGGAACGUUGAGUUUGUGUAG